AUGGAUGAGGUCGAGAGGUUUGUGCAGCCGCUCAUCUCCUUUGCCAAGAGCAGCAUCACCUUCUUCAACAACUGCCAGCGCCCCAACUCUGCAGAGUACCAGCUCACAGCUCUCAUGGCUGUGUUUGGCCUUCUUGUCCUCGGCUUCCUCGGCUUCUUCGUCAAGCUGAUCCACAUUCCCAUCAACAACAUCAUUGUAUCCUGA